GUUACAAAAUGACAGCCGCGGCGAGGGUUUCCUUACGGAUUUAUCACACGGGAGCCCGGCCUGUGUGGGACUGCUGUGAGUAGAGUGCCACAGCACAAGCACCUCGACUCGACGGGGUCUGACACAGCCGCCACUACCAGCAUCCCCGUGUCGUUCUGGUCCUAAAGUCGAUUUGCGUGUGAAAAGAAUAGUGAACUAUGAGGAUAAGGACUAUAUCCCCCUUUGUUAUAUCCCCUGGAUGUUGAGAGCUGGAGUAUCAGUGGAGUAACCUGCAGAAUCAGGCAGUGUGAUGGCGUGGCCUGACUGUCUGUGUGACCACACCUUCUUGGAGAUGCUGAGCUCAGGCUUGCCAAGUGAGGUUGACCUCCAGGUCUUCAUCCAAGACACGGAAGAGAAACUGAGACUCAACGCCUGCAGUAUUGAGCAGAACCUGCAGGACCUGCAGAGGAAGAUCGGCGGGGUCUUGGGAGGAGAGAAGGUGCUCAGUCCUGAAGAAUGUCUCCAGCGGUUCAGUCCGGGUAACCUGGGCUCCCUGCACCCCGUCUCUACCAGCCGCCAUGAGCUGCGGGACUUCCUCAGAGCGCUGCUCCACCUGCUGAAGGCCCAGGAGGCUUGCGAGGAGGCCAUUCUACAUUUGCUGCUGAGCGUCUCGUCUCAGUGUGGCGUGGCCUUCCCCUGCUCAAGGCCACUGUCGGAGCAGGGCCGUGCACCUGCUCCCACACUCUGCUCCGUGCGGGAUGACCUCGCCCUGGAGGUUCAAGACACUUGGGACGACAUCCGGCGCCUGCUACAGCGCCAUCUACUGGGCAAGCUGCAGACCGCAGCGGCGGUGGCGCCUGCCGAGUCCUCCGAGGGGCCCGUGGCGGUCCGUGGGGCUCCCGAGAAAAGCCACGUCCUCCAGAAGCUCGUGUUCCUGCUCCCCAAAAAGGAGGUUCUUGCCAAGUACCAGGCCCUGCAGAGCAAGGCGGUUCGCGGCCUAAUCCGCGGGAACGGCGCCUGCGCUUUGGGCCGGGGGAGUGGCCACGACAGGCGGGGUUUCGACGGCCUGGCUCAGCACUUCCAGGCCGUCAGCCCCACUUUCCGCGCCAUGCUUGCUGAGGAGGUCCGCGUCCUUAACAGGCUAGCGGAGCCGCGGGAAAUCGUGGCUUUCCUGAACGGGGCUUACCUGGGCCCCGCCAUGCAGGAGCUGGUGUCCUUCAUGGAGACGGAGGUAGAGUUGGCACAGAAUAACGCCGCACUCAGCGAGAAGGGGCUCAAGAGCGCCAGCAAGACUUCAGCAGUCGCUCCUCCAGAAUCUCCAGGAAAAGGGCGGCAUGUCCUCCUGACUUCCCGCCAGCUGAGGGGCCUGACGCAGCUUGCCGCCACCCUGCUCGAGAUGGAGCAAAGCGUGGAGGAUCUGGCAACCGUCCUGGGCUCCCUCCACCACCCUGGGGAGGAUGACUGCAGCGUCGGAGCUAAGGAUCUCCUAAAGAACAUUGGGGCUGAUAUAGAGUCAACUGUGCUGGAUGGGAGGACUUCUCCUCCGGAGAGGCUGUUCCCUAAGACAGAGACCGUACGUUUGGAGUUCGACUGGAGGGCCGCGUUUCACCAGCUCACUCCUCAAAUGUCUCGCUCCGUCGAGCUGGUCCUGGAGGAGGUGUGCAGAGACGCUCUACAGCAGGAGGAGAGCACGCACGCCUCCCGCUCCAAGCCCCUCCCCCUGGUCCACACCCCCCUCGGACAGGACUCUCACCCGCCCGGUCUCGAGAGAGACGUGCCCAAGAGGAUAGCCAAGUUCUGCGCGGACGUGACAGAGCAGACAGACGCCCUUCUCCCCCUGGCCGUGGCAUGCCAGGACCCUGCCCUGCUCCCCGUCCGCUCCUGCUACGUGGAGGCAUGCGGCCGUGCGACCUCCGCACUCCUGGCUAGGCUGGAGGAGCGAGCAGCGGAGGUGCCUGCCUCAGCCCCCCUCAGGAACCUCGCCGCCCUGUUGGCCAGCAGUGCGCACGUCCACCAGAGGGUGGCGCACUACGAGAGCCAUCUUAAGGGAGCCAGCCGCACGUCUCUGACGCUGCUGCCCGUCAAGCGCAGCCAGGAAGUGGUGGAGGCCCUGCACGAGCACCUGACCGGCUACUGCAUCAACGUGUGUGCCACCAGCCUGCUCCAGGACGCGGAGAGCCACCACUGGGCGGACCCCGGGCCCUUUCACGAGGGUGAGAGGUGCUCCUUCUCCAUCCAGAUGUGGCACUACUUUCUCUGCGGCCUGCGCAGCGACCUCUGGGAGACGCUGGCCCCGCUGCUGGCCCAGGACAUCCUGGCACAGGUGCUGGCCCAGACCCUGGAGCUCCUGCUUCAGAGGUACUCCAGAGCCCGGCCCUCCUACCGGAGGCUCCCCCAGAUCAGGGCGGACAUCACAGCCAUCCUGCUGUGUGUGCACCAGCUGAUGUGGAGCGUGUCCGGCAGCGUGGAGGAGCUGGUUCGGCCAGUGCCGGCCUCAGGAACCUGGGUGGCCUUCAUCCACGGCCUGUGCGAUCAACUCCUGGACGUGCUCGUCAUUCUCACUGCUCCGCUGCCAGAGCUCUACAGAAGUUUCCGGAAUGGGUUUUCCGAGCGUCCUCCCAGCACAUCCAUGGAGGCCGGAGCUACCUGUGUUCCUUUCUGGCUGACUGUGAUCAACCCUGAACUUUUCCCGCAGGAGCUGAGGGUCCCUGUGGCUGGCCGCCGCUCCGCCCUGUGGCUACUAGGCCUGCUGUGCUCGGGGCCCAGCCGGAGGUGGCCCCUGCUCCUGCGGACCACGCUGCACGCCGACUGUCUGCUGCCACGCACGCUGAUCUCGCACUCACACCUGUGUCUGGACGGUGAGGUUGAGGUGUCCCCCGAGGCUCAGCAGGCUGCCGAUGAAUUCGUGGAGGCUGUUUUUGCUGUCCUGUCCUCCCUAAACAGCGUCCCCAGGGCACUGGCUCUGGUGCUGGAAGACUACCUAGACAGAACUCACCAAUGGGAGCGCUUCCACAGCUUAGCAGUGGAGGAAGAGCCUUCGCUGUUUCAGUGUAUCAGAGCUGUAGUGUCCAAACCCACCAGCUGCCUGCUAAGCCACUUGGUGAACAUGACACAGGAGUGCGAGGACUUGCCCGCUCCACUGCUCAGGCCAGACCUUCUCCAGGACGUUUUGGCCAAGAUUCCCAGCAAGUGGAAAUACACGCCACAGGAGACCGAGGGAAAAGAGGCCGGCAAGAACAGCAUCGCCCUGCCCAUCCAGGCCCUGUUCUUCAUCUACACCCAUCUCCCCUCCGCUGUGACCUCCCUCCCGCUCCCCGUCCGCUACCUCUUCCACGUGGCCGAGAAGCGCCUGCUGAAGCUUGGCCAGCGGCCAAAGGCUGCAGGCCUGCUGCCCCGGGUGCUGCUGGACUGCUUGUCUAGGGAUCUGGAGGACGGGCGGAGCCUGAAGCAGGCAUCCCACCUCCCCCUGGGGCGAGGGGCCAAAGAGCUGCUGGCCUUGGUCGCCGAGUGCCUCCGGGUGAGCAUGGGUCAGCAAAGGGGCGAGACCAAGCCCACCGUCCAGAAGGUCCUGCAAACCCUGGAGGAGAAGAGGCCCAAGUGGAGCGCCACACAACUGCAGAAGGCUUGUGGUCUCUGUGCUGACAGCAUGUUUGAGCAGGCGGAGGGUGGUCUGUUGGAGGAGAAGGGUGGGCCCUCCGAACCGACUGAGCAGAAAAUGGGGCCGGCAUUGUUGGCGCUCUGCCAGGGAACAGGUGGCAGCCAGCACCUCGGGCGGAUCCAUCGCACCAUCCAGCUCAAUGAGGGGUUGUUGAGGUCCAUACUAACCUCGGCUGAGGAUGGAGCGCCUCCUCUCUUGGGACCUCCUAGCGUUCUCUUCCCCUCCUGCGGUGCCUCCAGCAGUCCCCCAUGCCUCUUCGACCCCCUCUCUCACUUCCACCGCCUCGCCCCGGCUCGGUUCCACCAGGUAAGUGCAGCUUUUCCUCAAGGCCACAGGAGCAGAGCUGGCAAGUCAAAUGUGAAUGAGAAGGAGAGGGACUGCGCCCAAUUGCUGACAUCCUAUCAGAGAAUGAGUCAGGUGACCUUCAGAGUGCUGCUGGCUAACAGAUGGGAAAUGCAGGAUAAUGCAGAACUUGAAGGUGAAGAGAAGAUUCUGGUGGACCAUUUAAGGAAAAUGUAUUUGCCCAGAACUCCUGAAUCUUAGGACCUCCUUGUUAAGAUGCUGUAGAAUGACUCCAUUUCUUACUGGACCACAGCAUGUAAUUUAAUAUAGCAAUACAGUCUAUGUAUAGCAUUGUAUUUGAAGUCAUUUUUGCAUUUCAUGUUACUUAGUUUUCUGUAUUUUUUUUUUUCCAAACAUGGAAACUAUCUUACAUGUAUACGUCUCUAGAGACUUUUUCCGUCCUAUCUAUAUAACUUGCAGUGAAUGAAAAUCACUGGUACUGAGAUGACCUUACAACGUCUCUUUAUUUGUAACUAGCUUAUAACGCACUUAUCUUCCUUUCCCUCAUAAAGUGUAUAUCGUUUUCUCAAAUAAACACCAAGCCUGUUAAAACUCUA